GUUCCGGCACUGGCUUCCUCAGAGACAAACUAGAUGGAGCGGAGGGACGCAGGGACUGUGGAUUUUUAACCUGCUCACGUCAAGGAGAGAUGGAUUACUGCUGCUUGUGAACUUUGGAGAGAAUUCACUGCACGUGUAGAAGACAUAAACGGCUCCUAUUUGUCAUCAGGGAUUGUUGGAGUUGAGGCGGUCUCUGAAAUCUGCUGCUUAUCCUGGAACAUGCUCCGAGGUUGAAAAACCUAGAGCCAAAUUAUUGAAAUGUACGGUCUAGACAUGUAUUACGCAUGAUUUAACACAGCUCAGGAAGGUUGUCCUCAAAGACAGCUGUUCUAACUGAUCACACCUGGGAUGUGCGGGAAAUGACUGGCUCGGAGCAAAAUUAAAGGAGUAACCUGUGAUGUCAGACUUCACCUGGGGCAGUCGUCUGAGACUCUGCUGAGUAGUUAUUGUUUUGUCGAGGGGGCGGGAGGGUGACGGCAGGAGCGGACUACAUGUCCAGGUGUGUAAACCACACCAGACUUUACUCACCUGACAUCAUCUCCUCUCUGUUUUUGGCUCAACUCAUUUUCUCACCUCAUCGUCUGAGUAAUACCGGCUCUCGACUCUGGUUUUCACCCCAAUGGGGCCACUCAAGAGAUGAGAGAAGAGACUCUGAUUAAUGUUAUACUCCCGGCAGCCUCAGUCUGAUGCCACGGCGCUAGAAAUAGAAAGCAGAAAGAAGCAGCGGCGACACUUGUGAACUGUUAGCACCGUAGAACAAGAGGAAGCACCAUGUGGAACCAGUCUGGAUACUGCAAUCACAUACCACACGCUGGAUAUCCCUUCUACCAUGCGCCCUGCAGUCAUAACCAGAGGACCACGGCGUUUCGCCAUCCUGUGACCGGACAGAUCUCUCCAGAGAACUUGGAUUUCAUCCUGCAGGAACAGCCACAGGGAGCCCGCAUGAUGUCCAAACCCACCGGUGAGCAGCUCUCCAGCACAACAGUCAGCGAGGCCUCUACCACCAUCACUUCCUCCACUGUGGACAACACCUCUGGCUCCAAGGGCUCCCGGUCCAGUGGCAAGGUGCAUAGCUUUGGGAAGAGAGAUCAGGCCAUUAAGAGGAAUCCCAAUGUACCUGCGGUGGUCCGAGGAUGGUUGUACAAACAGGACAGCUCUGGGAUGCGUCUUUGGAAGAGGAAGUGGUUCGUCUUGGCAGAUUUCUGUCUGUUCUAUUACAAAGACAGCAGAGAGGAAUUGGUCUUAGGCAGUAUUCCUCUGCCCAGCUAUGUCAUUUCAUCCGUGGGACCCGAGGACCACAUCAGUCGCAAGUAUGCCUUUAAGGCUAGCCACACUGGUAUGCGGUCGUACAUUUACAAGCAGAGCUCUGUGAUUGGCUCCCAGGCGGAGCACAGUGGGAUGCGGACGUAUUACUUCAGCGCUGACACCCAGGAGGACAUGAACACCUGGCUGAGGGCCAUGAACCAGGCGGCAGUGAUGCAGAACCACAGCGAUGCGUUCAUCAGACCAUCUGACAAGUUAGAGAAGUUGAACAUUUUGCCGCGGCAGGCUGUUCCGCAGACGAACCACGUAAACCACCACAACACCAAGGCUUCAGAAUCCGACAGCAGCCAACCACUCAUCCACGAAGUCCUCCUGGAGCCAAUGUACCGCGAAGCAGAGGAGUUCUGCAGCUUCCACAAAGACUCUCCUUCCACCCCUGUGCUGGAGAACCCCAUAGGAAGCACUGGCCUGGAAAUGGACACGCACACCUCCCUCCCCUCACACCUCACACCCACCGCCCUCUUGCUGCAGGACCCCGUGUCGGCCUCGGCCCCCGUGUCCAGGGUGCCGUCCCGAGCGCCAUCACGAGCCGCCUCAACGCUCCCAUCCAGCAUCUGCACAAGGAACGGCCUUGUGCAGACCCCCAGCCCCAUCCUGGAGCCCAACGGGAUUGCAGCAGGGACGUACCAGAGGGCCCCGUCGGUGCCCCCUGCUGACGCACAGCAGCAUGUGCAGAGGAGAAACACACUGGAGCAAGUGGAGCAAUGGGUCAAAGUGCAGAAGGCGGAACAGAAAGGCCCCCCCUCCAGAGAGAACACCCUCCCGCGUCGCACACCACCAACCCAGCACAAGUUCACCACUCUGGACGCAUAUCAAACUCUGCCGAAGACCCCUCGGCAGAGUCCCACACCCGCCCGACUCGGCGAGUACAAGUACGCCCAGGACCGCCUGAGCCACUUCCGCCUCACCCCGGAGCAGUGCGUCCCCGGGUCCAACACCGUGUGGCAGCUGUACGAGUGGCAGCAGCGUCACCAGUUCCGUCACGGCAGCCCCACGGCGCCUAUCUACACCCCGGCCCCGGACUAUCCCUUCGGUCCCCGCCCCCCCUCCACCGUGCCUCCCACCUCUUCACUCCCCAGGUCCGAGGGCCAUCCUCGCUGUGUGUCCGUUCCACCUUCAUCUGCAGACAUCCCCCCGCCGGGGCCCCCACCAGGUACCAGCCGAACCCUGUCACCCACACGGAGGCCGCACACGCCAGCUGAUCGGGUGACAGUCCGACCUGUGGGUGAAAGGUCAGUGUUGGACAUCCCCUUCACCGUCUCCCCCCGGAGGAGCAAAUCUCAGCUGUUCAAGGCUUCUACUAUCGAGAGACGGUCAAUGCCUUCCUCUGGCUACAUCACACACACAGUUAGUGCACCAAGCCUUCACGGCAAAACGACCGAUGACACCUACAUGCAGCUGAAGAAGGACUUGGAGUAUCUUGACCUAAAGGUCGCUGGAAGUCAGACACUGAAGGAGUCAGGGAAACCUGUCAAGGUUGCAGAAAGUGACGUGGAUGUGAAGUUGAGUCGGUUAUGUGAGCAGGACAAGAUCCUGAAGGAUCUGGAGGCGAGAAUCAGCUCCCUGAAGGACGACAAGGACAAGCUGGAGAGUGUACUGGACAUGUCCCACCAGCAGAUGGAGCAAUUCCAGGAGCAGCCGGCCCACACCCACAAGAUCGCCUAUCAGCAGAGGCUUCUGCAGGAAGACCUGGUCACCAUCAGGGCCCAAAUAUCACGCCUCUCCACGGAGAUGGCACAGGCCUGGGAGGACUACAGCAGGCUGGAGAGAUCAGUAGAGCAAUUAAGGAUGGUGCUGCAGACACAUAUGAACCACAGCGCCACUCCUCAGCAGGAGAAAGCUGAGAUGAAGCGCGAGCUGUGGAGGAUCGAAGACGUGAUGGCGGGACUAAGUGCGAGCAAAGCCAACUACAAGAUCACCAUUGACUCUGUCCAGAACCCAGAGAGGAAAUUAGUGCCUUCUGUGUCGGACCUUGCAGUGCCUUCCCAUUGCACAGAGGUCCAGCCUCCUCCUCGAAGCUCCAUCCCCAGGAUCCUCUCUCAUACUUUGCCUCACAGCACCGUGCCAAAGUGGGCAGAUGACAGCGCUCCGCCUCGGCCCCCACUGCCCCGCCUCUAUGACUACGAAGAGACGCCCCCUGUGGUGCCUCCUCUCCCCAAAGAGACCUCAGUCAUCCGCCAUACGUCGGUGCGUGGACUAAAACGCCAAUCAGAUGAGAGGAAGAGGGACAGGGAGAGUGGGCAGUAUGUUGUCAAUGGAGACUGUAAGGCCGACUUGCGUUCUUACCUGAGUGAACCAGAGCUGCCAGGAAUAAGUCACCACACAACUGGGUCUGACACUGACUACCAGUAUUUCCCAGCCACAGGCUUUUCAUCUCAUCUGAACCAGUCCAACUCCAUCUCGUCCUACGUCACCCUCAGGAGAGGUCCUGGGAGCUCGGCAGCCAAGGAGAGACCUAAGAGUGCCUUGGAGCGCCUGUCCUCACCCACAGAAGCCUCGCAGCUCGGGAGCAGCCAGCCCCGAGGACGGAUGACCGCGGAGGAGCAGCUGGAGCGGAUGAAGCGUCACCAGAAGGCGCUGGUUCGCGAGCGCAAGAGGAACCUCAGCCAGGGGGACCGCUCCUGCACGGGCCUCUCCACCUCCACCGUCACCACCCAGCACUCCUCCUCCAGGAUGCCCUCCACCUCCUCUGACGCUCCGGCCACCGUGUUUGAUUGGCGGGAGGAGCGACUUGGGGCAGAGGGUCAGAGCGAUGAAGGGUGGAACCCAGUGAGAGAGAGAGGCAGGAUUCAGUCUGAUGAGUGGGUGACGCUGACGCCCACACAGAUACGAGAGGUGGACGUGGAGCCAUUCGACUUCGACUUUGAUAUCAGCCGAGAGCUGGCCAAACCACAGAAGGUUUCCAUCCCGGAGCGCUACAUAGAGUCUGACCCUGAGGAGCCUGUGAGUCCAGAGGAGCUGGAGGAACGCUCUCGUCGGGCCGAGCGCAUCAAGAACCUCGUGGCCAGAUCCAGUGUUCAUAACAUGCAGCCGUCUGCACCGUUGGACUUCAGUGAGCUGGACUCGGCUGUAAAGCAGCAGGAGAGGAUCAUGAACGUGUCCCAGUCGCUGGCUUCAGAGGCAUCGCGCAAGAGCAAACUGGUGGCAGCCAAAGCUGCUGCACGGCAUUGACCCGCAGGAGCGACCACCGCCACCGAACACGAGGAGGAAGGAAGGAUCCAAUCGUUUUUUUUAACACAUUCACUUGGAACGAAGCCGCUCGCGAGACAAAGAGCUACAAACAUGCUCCUAACAGUGUGUUGAGUUGUAAUUUUUAAAUAGACUCGAGUUUCAAUGCUUCUGCACUUACAUGGCACCGUCAAGUCCUAAUUUAUAAACAAGUAAAUUGCAAUUUUUUUUAAACUAAUCUAUAAUGACCUGUUCUGCCACUUUCUCUUUUACGAGUGACUAAAAAGAGUGAAAUAAAAGCCGACAUGCUCUGAUAACUGUAGUAAUGUUUUCACAUGAACUAUUUAUUACGUGGCUUAUUUUUGAUCGUGUUAUUUCUACUGUAUAGUUUCUCAACACUGUCCCCCAACGAUCACGGUCCUGUCGACUUCAAGCGUCAAUAGUCAGCACACAAAAUAAAUAUUACAUUAAACAA